AUGGGGAUUGACCACCUCUGUCCCUCGCUACUCGGUUGCCCCGACCGUGACCCGUCGUGGUCAGCCGUCGAAUCUGCAUCUGCUGAAUUUCGCACAGGGUUCGAAAAGUCCGCCUUUGCCGCCGAUGCGUUGACCCCGAUCUUGUACUCGCUCCUGUUUCUCGAUGAGACGGAUGAGCUGUCCACGGCUAUAGGGUUCGCUGAUCCGGACUGCGUGGGUGCGUCGUGGUCGCCAUUCGCUGACGGCGCCGGACUCAAGCGCAUCUCCGACUUGGAUUCGGACUUGGACUUGGACUUGGACCGUGUCGACCAGUGCGAGUGGGGUUCGAUCGGAUCUCGAAGCCUCAGCAAUAUCGCAAGCUUGAGCAAAGGUCGGGAUAUGGCGAGAGAUAUCGGUACUCGAACCCCCUUGAUCACAAAGCCCACUAGAGUACAAGAUGAUGGUGGAGGUAGCGUCGCGAUCAGCCAUUGCCCCGGAAACGUGCGAGAUACCUCCACCGUGCAGGUGAAUGCGCUUCCGCUCCGCUACUGUCUACUACUCACUGACGGUGAAGUAGACGACCAGGCCGAACCACCCGAAUCCAUUGAUACUUGCGACCAUGCUGAAUGUCACUGGUUAGGCGAACGUCCAGAUAUGCGGGAACUCGAGGUGAGCACCGUCACCCGUCACGGGUCCUGUAGGUCCAGAGCACGUUUGACUUUCGUUCGCGCGCGCGUGCGUCAUUUGGAUCCCAGAAGCUCGAGCGCUCUUGUCGAUCACUUCGCAGAUCCCCGAAUCGCAACGAUUCGCAGUCGGUGGCGCCUAA